AUGGUCGGGCUCUUUGAGUCUGCCUACUACCCCGGCCUUCUCUUCCUCAUCGGGUCAUGGUACACGAAGGACGAGCUCGGCAAACGCUCCAACAUCUUCCAAGCUGCUACAGCUGGUGGAACUCUGCUUUCCGGCGUCCUUCAAGCGGGCGUCCAUACCACCCUCAAUGGCAAGCAGGGGAUGCCGGGUUGGCGCUGGAUCUUCAUCAUCGACGCGGUCAUCAGUAUUCCGGUAGCCGUUGGCGCGUUCUUCUUCAUUCCCGUUCUCCCCUGGUCCAUCAAGCCGAACUGGAUCUUCCAUCAGUGCGAUAUCGACCUCGCUCGUAGACGCGUAUCCAGCCUCGGACGCGUGGGACCCGCCAAGAACGGACUCGGUAAGAAGGCUCUCUGGAAUGUCAUCUCAACGUGGCACAUCUGGAUCUUCACCGCCACGUAUUGCCUAUACAUCUUCUCGCAAAACCCGCAACAAUCCAUGUCGUUCUGGCUCAAGUACUCGACCGAUCCGGUCUACUCCAUCGAGCAGAUCAACUACUACCCAAGUGGCAUCUGGUUAACCCAGAUAGUCUCGGCGCUGGCAUUUGCCUGGAUCAGCGACCAUCUCCUCCAAGGGCGGCGCUGGCCGCCACUCGUCUUUGUGGCGCUUUGGCAUGCACUCGACUGUGCCUUGCUUGCCGGCCUGCCAGUCUAUGCGGACAACCGAGCAACGCGAUGGGCCCCGGGGUGCACUGAGAUCAUCGGUGGCUCGUCCGAGAAGAGGGGUAUCGUCAUGGCCACUUUCAACUCCAUAGCAUUCUCCUUUAACGCUUGGCUGCCUUUGCUACUCUUCAAGCAGACCGACCAGCCUGCCGUCCGCUCUGGCAACAUCGCCGCCUCCGUGGCCAGCUCGGUCCAGGCCGGCUUCAUCAUCCUCAUCCUCUACCUGUCGACGCGAGACGGAAGUGUCUUGCCCUCAGCGCAGGAGCUCGAGGAAGAUCAGUCGGCUGUGCCCUCUUUGACCGGUGAGGAGAAGACCGAAGGAGGCGGACCACCAUCGCGGGGAGAGUGGGAUGGAAAGGGCAAAGUUUGA